CGUGAGGCCGGUCACGUGCCAGGGCCGCACCGCUAGCUUCCGGAGACAUUCGGGGCUCAGCGGGUGUGGUCCUGCGGCUCCCUGAGCCUACCGAACUGCACAGCCAGGAUGAUGAACGGGACCACCCCCGACCAGGAGCGGCCGCCGGUGUCCGAGCCCGUGUGGGAGCGGCCCUGGUCGGUGGAGGAGAUCCGCAGGAGCAGCCAGAGCUGGUCGCUGGCAGCCGACGCCGGCUUACUACAGUUUCUACAGGAAUUCUCACAGCAGACUAUCUCUAGGACCCAUGAAAUCAAGAAGCAAGUGGAUGGACUAAUUCGGGAAACUAAAGCCACAGAUUGUCGACUACAUAAUGUCUUCAAUGACUUCCUUAUGCUGUCUAAUACCCAGUUCAUUGAGAACCGUGUAUAUGAUGAAGAAGUGGAGGAGCCAGUGCUCAAACCUGAGGCAGAAAAACCAGAACAGGAAAAGACCCGGGAACAGAAAGAAGUAGAUCUGAUUCCUAAAGUUCAGGAGGCUGUGAACUACGGUUUACAAGUGUUGGACAGUGCAUUUGAGCAACUAGAUAUAAAAGCAGGAAACUCAGACUCUGAAGAAGAUGAUGCUAAUGAGCGGGUGGAAUUGAUCCUUGAGCCAAAGGAUCUAUACAUUGACCGUCCUUUACCUUAUUUAAUUGGGUCAAAGCUAUUCAUGGAGCAGGAAGAUGUAGGUCUUGGAGAGCUAUCUAGUGAAGAAGGUUCAGUAGGCAGCGAUCGUGGUAGUAUUGCGGACAGUGAAGAAGAGAAUGAAGAAGAGGAGUCAGAUGAAGAUUUUGCCAAUCAUAGUGACAAUGAUCAAAACCGGCACACUGCACAAAUGAGUGAUGAAGAAGAGGAUGAUGAUGGUUGUGACAUUUUCGCUGACUCUGAGAAGGAGGAGGAAGAUAUUGAGGACAUUGAAGAGAAUUCCAGACCUAAAAAAAGUAGACCUACAUCAUUUGCUGAUGAGCUGGCAGCUCGGAUCAAAGGGGAUGCUGCAAGCCGGAUGGAAGAGGAGCAAACAGCCUUAUCCCCAGGGGAAACAAAACCUCGGAAGACAUUGAAAGAGAAGAAGGAAAGGAAAACUCCCUCAGAUGAUGAAGAAGAUAACUUAUUCGCACCCCCCAAGCUGACAGAUGAAGACUUCUCACCAUUUGGUUCUAGAGGUGGCCUGUUCAGCGGAGGGAAGGGACUUUUUGAUGAUGAGGAUGAGGAGAGUGACCUCUUCAUGGAUGCCCCUCAGGAUCGGGGAGCUCGAGCCUCUGUUAAUGAAGCGUCUUCAUCCUCCAAACCUGGAAAGAAAAUCCCAGCAGGAGCUGUUUCUGUAUUUUUAGGGGACACUGAUGUGUUUGGUACCACCUGUGCUCCGUCACUGAAGGAGGCCCAGAAGCCCGAGCAGCCCACUCCAGGGAAAAGCUCGUACCUCCCAGUGCCUGCUGGCCUCUUCGAUGAUGAUGAUGAUGAUGAUGACUUUUUUGCAGCAUCCCAUAGCAAACCUCCCAAGACAGACAAAGUCAAAUCCACUGCCAGUAUCUUUGAUGAGGAAGGAGAUCUGUUCAAAGAAAAAGCGGCAGCUUUGCCAGAGGCUACUGUAAGUCAGACAGAUGAAAAUAAAGCAAGAAAAGAAAAAAAGGUUACCCUCCCUUCCAGCAAAAAUCUCAAGCCCUUGUCAGAAACAAAAACUCACAAAGGUUUAUUUUCAGAUGAGGAUGACUCUGAGGAUUUGUUUUCUUCUCAAAGUGUGAGUAAGUCGAAAGAUGCAUCUCUCCUGCCUAGCAAACUCCCCACCUCGGUCUUGCUUUUCGAUGAUGAAGAUGAAGAGGAUAAUCUUUUUGGGGCUACAGCUGCUAAGAAGCAGUCAUCCUCUCUACUCACUCAGAGCCAAGAGAAAACAAAGCCCUCUGAGCUUUCCAAAAAGAAAGCAUCUGCCUUAUUGUUCAGCAGUGAUGAGGAGGACCAGUGGAAUAUUGCUGACUCACAGACCAACUCAGCAUCUGACAAGUCUAAAGGAGAACUUAGGGACCCUGGGACCACCCAAGACCAGGAGAUUAAGGCCGUGAAAAAGACCGGCCUCUUUCAGGAGGACAAUGAGGAUGAUCUGUUUGCUAUUGCUAAGGACAGCCAAAAGAAGACCCAGAGAGCAUCUCUCCUGUUUGAAGACGAUGGUGACAGUGGAAGCUCUCUGUUUGGCUCUCCUCCCGCAUCUGCUCCUCCUGCGACAACGAAAAAAGAGACUGUCCCUGACGUACCACCUCUGCUGUUCAGUGAUGAAGAAGAGAAGGAGGCACGGUUGGGAGUGAAACCGGUGGCUAAGGAGGCUGAGAGCGCCAAGGAGUCGUCAGAAUUUGGGAGAGCUAGCGUGGCUGAGGAGUCAGGAAAGGAAGGAUCUCUGAAUGUAUCUACUCAGGAAGCAGCCAAGCAUUCUGAUUUGUUUUCUGCAUCAUCCCCAUUGGACAGAGGAACUAAAACUAGAACCAAAACUGUUCUUAGCUUAUUUGAUGAGGAAGAGGAUAAAACAGAAGAUCAAAACAGCUUCCAAGCUCUGAAGAAAGAAGUAGGAAAGAGUCCUGAUCCUAAUGCCCGCCCCAAGAGCACAGGUGUCUUUCAGGAUGAAGAGCUCCUUUUUAGUCGCAAGCUUCAGAAGGACAAUGACCCAGAUGUUGACCUUUUCUCCGGCACCAAAAAAACCAGGUUGUUAGAGCCAAGUGUUGGGAGCCUGUUUGGGGAUGAUGAAGAUGAUGAUCUUUUCAGCUCUGCCAACUCGCAUCCUUUGAUCCCAGAAAAGAAGAAGGUAGUGAAAAAAGACCACUCUGUUUCCUCUUUCAAGAACCAGAAACAUCCUGAAUCCACUCCAGGUAUCAAAGAAAAAGGCAAAUGGAAAUCGGAAACACCUCAGGACUCACCAGGUCCCGCUCCAUUUAAAACCAAAGAGCCAUCCCCUCGGAUCUGGAAAAUUCAAGCAAAUUUAGCAAUUAACCCAGCAGCCUUGCUGCCUACAGCGGCUCCCCAGAUCUCUGGAAUGAAGUCUGUUUUGCCAGAAUUGGGUGUUCCUUCGUCUGAACCUGGGAGAAUCCACAGUCUGGAAAGUGUGCCCACUCUUCCCGGGAGUGGGGAGGCCGGCGUGAGUUUUGACCUUCCAGCUCAGGCAGACACCUUACACAGUGCGAACAAGACCCGGGUCAAAGUGAGAGGAAAGCGCAGACCACAAACACGCGCAGCUCGGCAGUUGGCUGCCCAGGAGUCCAGUGAGGCUGAGGACAUGAGUAUCCCCAGGGGAUUUGUUGCACAAUUGGCAGAUGGCGUCAUUUCACCAGAUGGUCAUCAACCACAGCCCAGGGCAGCUGGUGGAGAAGACAGCUCUGAGGAGGCCGUGGCAGCUGCCAUUCCAACUUGGGCAGGUGGUCCUGUGCUUGGGACAGACAGAAACCCCUUUGUGAAAUCUCUGGGUCAACCUCUUGAGGAUGACCUUUUUGAUUCUGGAGAUAUCUUUUCCAAGGGCAUUGCAUCUCAGUCCACGGGGAGAAGAAAAGCCAAGGUGAAGGCAGCAGACAGCCUGGCCAACCCGGCAGGGGGAAGUAAAGAAAAAAGCCCCAUGUUUCCUGCUCUCAGUGAGGCAGGCAGUGAUGAUGAUCUCUUUCAGUCUGUUAAACCAAAACCAGCAAAGAAAACAAAUCCUUUCCCUCUCCUGGAAGAUGAGGACGAUCUCUUUACAGACCAGAAAGGCAAGAAGAAUGAGUCAAAAUCCAACAGUCAACAGGAUGUUAUCUCAAAAGCACAAGAUAUUUUUGAGGAUGAUAUAUUUGCUACAGAAGCAAUGAAAGCCUCACAAAAAACAAGAGAGAAGGAAAGAACAUUUGACUCCAACUUGUUUGAUGAUAACAUUGAUAUCUUUGCUGACCUAACUGUAAAACCAAAAGAAAAGUCCAAAAAGAAAGUGGAAGCUAAGUCUAUAUUUGACGAUGAUACGGAUGAUAUCUUCUCCUCUGGUAUCCAGGCUAAGACAACCAAACCAAAAAGUCGAUCUUCACAGACAGUGCCUGAAUCAAGAUCUGAACAGAAGGUGUCCAACAUAUUUGAUGAUCCCUUGAACGCCUUUGGAGGCCAGUAGAGUGUACAGGGUAUCCUUCAGCUACAUCCUUGAGUUAAUCAUGCUGUCUUCUGUGCUCACUGUCUUAACUGAAUUAUAAAAAGCAUAUACUGAAACAGCUAGCUCACUUCUUACCCAAUGUACUUAGUAUUUUUCUGUACUGGUUUUAAUCAUGCUUAAUACUGCCAAACAGAAAUAAAUGUUUCACUGUU